AUGCUUCUCUGCUUUGGUACUACAUUUGAUAUGAACAAGCCCGAUGUGAAAGGGAUGGUUAUUGGGUACCGCGAUCGUGACCAGAGGCAGCGUGAGGAAGCUCUACGGGAUUUUCGAACUGGUGCAGUUAAAGUACUUGUUGCCACCGAUGUAUGUGCUCGCGGACUGGAUGUGAAGGAUCUUGAACAUGUGAUCAACUAUGACAUGCCACAUGACCGAGUGACAUACGUCCACCGCAUCGGUCGCACCGGGCGUCUGCACGAAGGCAAAGCGACAUCUUUGAUCGAUCCUGUCCGCGACAACGUCAUCAUCGAUUCGAUCGUGAAGGUUUCUGAUUCAAUUAGCAGUCCAAUUCUAAAUCUUCAAAGUUUUGUAGUGCAAGAAGUGCAGCAGGUUCCGCCUCAGUUCAUGCUUGACUUAGCUCGAGGAUAUGGCUCGCUGCGCCAGACUGGUUUUGGAUCCGGCGGUUUUUCCAGCGGCACAGGUGGCGACGGCUUUUCGAAAGGUUCCUCGAAAAGUGAAAGUGAGUUUUCCCUAAUUAUUAAGUUUUUAUCCGAUACGCAACGCGAAUUGUUUUAA